CUCAUUUCCUAACUGCUCUGCUCAGUUUAGCUAAUGUUUUGCUAAUGUUUUGCUAACUUUGAGACGAGCCAGCAUUAGAAACGUGAUUGAUGUAAUGCUCCACCGAGCACAGAUGUGAUGAUGUCUGCCUCUACAGUCAUUGAAGAUGUGGAGGAUGAUGUGGAGUUUGUGUCUGAGGGCCCUCUCAGACCAGUGCUGGAGUGCAUAGAUCUGCUGAGUGACGGAGAGGAUGAAGGAGGCAUUUCAGCCGCAGACACCAUCGAGGAUCAGGUGGACCGCCAGCGAGCUCAUGCUGUGUCCACGCUGGACCGACUGGCACGACAGGUCGCUGUGGAGAAACAGGAGAGGGCCGACAAGUGCAAAGCGUUCAAGGAGAAGAUUAUUUCACAGCAAGCCCACGGACGGCACGAGCUGGCGGUCAGCCGGAGCAAUAACGACAGAGAUAAUGCCAAGCGCUGUGUGGACAUUUGGCUAAAAAUGCCAGGAUUACAGCCAGGCAGCAUUAACUCCUGCUCACUGUGGAGACGCAGAUCGGCUCCUGGUCCGGCGAGGGCUUCUCCACAAACCUGCCCGGUCAUCAACUGCGGCCGAGUCUACGACAACGUGCCUUUGCUUGAGGGACAUCUGAAACGCUUUGAUCAUUCCCCCUGUGACCCCACGAUCACCCUGAAGGGCAGCCCGUCCUCUGUCUACGCAUGUGUGGCCUGUGGACGCCACUUCAGCUCUAAAGAGGCAUGGACGGAACACCUGGAGUCGAAGGUGUCCUCCUCUGACGCGAGUGGCCACAGCCGUUCCCAGACCUAUCAGCUGAUCGUGUGCUUUGCAUGUCCUGCCUGUUACCUCCUCUUCAACACCAGGGACGAAUGCCUUCAGCACAUGUCUGCAAAAAACCACUUCACUCAGUCCAUCUUUCUCUGUGAAGCAAAACCGUCAGCCGUGCCCGUGCCAGUUCCACGGUACGCCAAGAACCGUUUAGUCGCUCUAUGUAAGGAUAUUAGCUUCAACGUCAAGUGCACAGUCUGCUCUAAGGUGCUCGCCUCGCAUAUGGAGGCCAGAGCACACUUCAAUGUGCAAUGCAGACAUGGCUGCGCCAUUGCCACUGCCGAUCAAAGCGUGGCUGACAUCAUGAGGAAGAUGGCGGUGACGGGUCAAUGCUCCUCAUGCCUCAAACCUUUUCUUAGCGUGGCUCAGAUGGAGGAGCACAAAGAGCUCAUGAAACACGAGGUGGAGAGAGUCGGCAGCAUGACCAGAGGUCUUCUUUACUACAGCAACUACUGUGAAAUCAGAAAUGCUCAGAAGGGCAUGGCAUGUGGGGCUACAGAAAACUAUACAAAUGGGCCUUUAGCCAAGCGAAAAAGACCGGCUAGCUUAGAUUCCCAAGCCAAACCAGGAAAACGAUUACAGCUCGCCUGGUUCUGUGAAUGCGGUCUACGCUUCACCGAGGAGGAAACGGCAAAGAAACACAUCCAAGCGGCAAAUCAGAUCUUCCACAAAUGCGCCGUCUGUGGAAAGUUAAUGGGAGAAUCGUCUAUAACGCGCUUGCAUAUGAGCCGGUUCCACGGUGGCGCUCAUUUAUCCAACUUUCUUUUCCACUGCAGAAAGUGCAAAGUGGAAAUGCCAAGGAUGGAAGACAUCAUGGCUCAUAUUGGUGUGAGCCAUAGAGGACACAACUAUUACCAAGAAAGAGAAGACGCGUUAGACGAGCGUGUCUCGUCUAGCAUGUCCCCUAAACCGUCAACAAGUGCGGAAAGCAAAAUCCUCAGGCCAGCAAGUUCCUCUCGCGUCUCACCUCCGAAAGUCGAGUCUUGGCUCUGUCGAAUGUGUGAGGAUCUCUUCGACUCGGAGGCGUCGGUGCGAACACACUGCGGGGAUUUGAGCAGCCAUAGUUUCCAAAGGUUCGCUUGUGGCCACUGCCCGCAAAAGUUUUUUAAAGAGUCCACUUUGCGACGCCAUUGCGCCAACGAACACGGUGGCGACAUUGUCCUCCGCUACUUCUGUGGACUCUGCGAAAGCAUGUUGUAUGACACCGAGAACGAGUUUCAGGAGCACUACGACAGUCUGCAUAGCCACGACUACUACCGCUUGGAAACGGCUGGGAAUAAUUCCCAGGCGAACGCUGUUGAGAGUCCCAUAGCGGGUACGAGUCCGACUCCUUCACAACUUUGUGCUUGCAUGGGCUCUGAGAAAAGCAAAGAGGAAAGGAAAGAAAUUUUCACAAAGUGCAUGAAACAGUUGGCCGUCGAAAAUAAAUGCAGAUACUGCUGCCGCCAGUGCGACAAAAACACGCCGGCCUACGCGGAGAUGAAGACACACCUCCUCCUACACCACAAGACCCAGGGCAGUGAGAAACGGUUUGAUGUUCUCUGCACCAUUUGCUCACAGAGCCACAAAGAUGUGCCCAGUUUCCAUUCACACUACCAUAAGCAUCACUGCCAGUCAGAGCCUUGCGCUUGUUCCCGACCCAACGCCACAGACGAUAAACCAGCCUCCACCGGCAGUGUUAUAACCGCUGAGGAGAUCUUCCCUCAGAGUAAUGUGGAGGAGUUUCAAGAUGUGAAUAAUGCCGUUACCUCUAAUGCUCUCGAUGUUAAAAAAAAAGUGAGCGUUUCGCAAGAUUUUGAAGAUGAAGAUUCGUUUGAUCAUGACAUGAAACUGGCUUUGGCCUUGAGUGCGGAUGAGGCCAUGAAAUCAAAAGAGUUGGAAAUUGCUUUGCAUGCAUGAAGAGUAUUAUCAUUGUGGAAAUGGAAGAAGCAUUGAAAAGAAGCUUACAGGAGUUUUGAUGAGGAAAGAGAAACGGACCUGUUUUCCCAUGUCGUCCAUGCACUGUAGCCAUUAAACAUGUAUUUCUUUUCUUUCUGUGUUUUUCUUUUAAGUUCAAAUAAAGGAAAGUAAUUAAAAUGG